UCGCUCGCUUGACCACGCACAAAGCGGAACAGGUAGGAGAGUUAUUGCGGGGUCUGGGCUUGCGGCUUAUAUGGUUCAAGGUCUGCCGUCUGGACGUUCGCCCGCUUACCGAUGCCGGGACUUGCGAACGAGUAUACGUGGAGUUUGCUACCGGUCGUCGACGCAAUAGGCGGGACACUUCCGAGUUUGACUUGCACUCGUGAACGACAACCGACAGAUGCGACUUUAUCUUCUUCGACAUUGAUCGUACUAGGAUUACCAAUGUGAUUAUUGCCAUGGUCAUUG